CUGUUCCUCGGUCCAGUGCUGUUCGCACUCUCUUGGUCAUCCCCUGUACUGUCUGCAGUCUCUUGGUCAUCUCCUGUACUGUGUGCAGUCUCUUGGUCAUCCCCUGUACUGGCUGCAGUCUCUGGUCAUCCCCUGUACUGUCUGCAGUCUCUGGUCAUCCCCUGUACUGUCUGCAGUCUCUGGUCAUCUGUACUGUGUCCGCAGUCUCUGGUCAUCUGUACUGUGUCCGCAGUCUCUGGUCAUCUGUACUGUGUCCGCAGUCUCUGGUCAUCUGUACUGUGUCCGCAGUCUCUGGUCAUC